AACUUAGCGAGGAAACGAAAAGUUUGUGGGGCAACACCGGCCUUGACGGUUUUUACCAUUUUCCCUUCAGAAAAGAAUGGCUAAAUGGGGUGAAGGGGAUCCUAGAUGGAUCGUAGAAGAGAGAGCUGACGCCAAAAAUGUAAAUAACUGGCACUGGACCGAAAAGAAUGCCACACCUUGGUCCAAAGAAAGGUUAAAGACGCUUUUAAAAGAUUUAGAAAUCGAAACAGAUGAAGGAAAAGUUAAAAUAACUGAGGUUACCAAAAUUGAUGGAGAAGCCUACGCCAACAACAGAAAAGCAAAACUAAUAUUUUUCUAUGAAUGGGUCAUUACACUUGAAUGGACAGGAACUGUUAAAGAUGAUGACAAAGUGUGGAAAGGAAAAAUAGAAAUUCCAAAUCUGAGUGAAGAAAAUGAUGCUGAUGAAUUAAACGUGUUAGUGACAACUGACAAGGAGUCAGAAGCAAGUUUCAAGUUAAAACAACUUAUAAGAUCUGUUGGUACAGGUCUGAUCAGGGAGAAGUUGGGGCAGUAUAUUAAGGAACUCAAACAAGAAUUCAGUCAAGGAAUGAUUCUGCCUUCCAAGGACAGCCCAGCCUUGCAGAGGUCAUCUCCAAACAAUCAAGAAAGUGAGACACUCAAACCAGCUGAAAACACCUCUGCCAGUUCAGGGGAUACAAAUAAAAAUGACACUGAUACAAGCAAGGUUGGCUGCCCCAUCGCUACCAAAAAGCUGACCAUGAAGCAAGAAUUUCUCACAACUGCAGAAGAGUUAUAUGCAGCACUAACAGAACAACAGAGACUUGAAGCUUUAACCCAGAGCUCAGUAAAAGUGGAUGCUAGUCGUGGAGGAACAUUUGUGCUAUUUAAUGGCAAUGUGUCAGGAAAAUUCCAGGAAUUGGUUUCAGAGGAAAAGAUUGUUAUGCUGUGGAGAUUCAAGAGCUGGCCUGAAGGACACCAUUCCACUGUGAAAAUCACUUUGGAUGAGAAAGAUGACCGUACAGAGUUGACCUUAGUACAGUCAGGCAUCCCUGAGGAAGAUUUUGAGCGCACAAAAAGUGGAUGGAAACAGUACUACUGGGAAGGAAUGAAACGAACAUUUUGUUGGGGGAUGCGAUACUUCUGACUAGAGUUUCUGUAUGACUUGGCAUUGUUUUACUUUGAGCAUGUAAUGGUGACCUAAACUGUGUGUUGUUUGUAUGUCUUUGUUGGACUCAGAUUUACUUGAGAUUUAGUAGGGCCUGUAGGUACAUGUAUUCUGGGUAAUUUUUGUGGGUGGGGAGCACAGGGAAAUGGUUGAUCCUGCUUCUAAUGCAUUGGUAGUGUGUAGGCCUACAUGAUAGCUGACAUGUUCGUUGAUCUUACCAACUCGUCGGUAGUGUGUUGGUUGUUUGUCAGCCAACGCUUUUGUAGAUGGGUUUGUGUGAAACUGAUGGGGUUUUAUACCUGUACUGAGAAAUGGAGCAUAAACCUGAGUUUUUAGCUCAAAAUUAUAUGCAGAGGUUACUUAAUAGGAACAGAUUAAAAAAGAACCAUUGGAAAGAAAAAGUUUACAACCCCUUGCCCUUUGCAUCCACUUUAUUUCUCCACUUCACAUUUCUUGUUCAGAAAAUGCAAUAACUUGCAUGGUGUCUGUGUCAGCUCAUACAUGUGGAAUUUUUUAGUGUAAGUAGGUAAAUUUUUAGAAGAGAAGAACCUAAGACCAUCCCAUAGCAAAGAUAUUGGGGUCCUCAAUAACAUUUGAAGGGAUAACUUGCACUGGUAAAUGAAGAGGAAAUUAGCGUAUUGCUGUAAUAGAACAUAAAGUAAGCAGCUUUAAUACCAAAAAAGACUGCCAUCAAUCAAUGCUUGCCUUUUUUCCAUGGAGAAAAGUAGCUGAACAUCAUUCUAUUCUCUUUGUUGAUUCAAUUUUGUCAGUUACAAGUUUAAACUUGGCAAAGUCCAAAUUGGUGGAAACAGUAAGUCUGAUAUGCUGUGUGGUUGUUAAUGAUCUUUCCAACUUUGGUAUUUUUUGUUCUCUCUGUCAACCUGUAAAUUGUAGUCUAGGUUUUUGAAGUAUCACCAGUGCCUUUUCAUGCAGACAAGAAGUAAAUUUUUAGUAGGUUUAAACUACAUGUAGCAAUGAAUGUAUUGUUUUGAGAUCUUGUUCCCCAGCAAUUUCAUAAUGAGCUAUUACUCUCAUAAUAAAACUGCUUUUACUUAUAAUGCACUGAUUGUA